CCGACUAGAAAAUCCCAGCAGUUGAAGCCUUAGUGAGUUACCGGGACAUACCUCGGUCCACUCAGCUCAACUCAACUCGGUUCGUCCUAGAAACUUAUCCAUGACGUCUCUUCACACCGCGAUAACUCCUCAAAGCCUCCUUUCUUUAUCAAAACCUCGAAAACCCAUCACGAGGCAGGUCUCAUAUUCCUCACUAACCACCUCAAAGCUGCCCGAUGGUCGUGUUUUCUCCGGGACCAAACAGAAAAGGAACUGCAACAAAAGGGCCAACUCGGUGGUGGUGAACUCAUUAGCCGAGGAGCUCGACGUGAUCCCAGUUCAAAGCGAGGAUGUUACCGACAUGCAAGUAGGAGUCGAUGUGAACCAGGUCGAGAGAGAAUCGCCGGGGGAAGACCUAGUGACUCAAGUAAGUGGGUUUGGUAAUGAAGGGAGGUUGUCUUUUGAAGGGGUUUCUUCUUUGGGUUCACCUUCGGCAAAUGGAUUUGGUGAUGGAGGAAGUCAAGAGGAAUUGGAUAGGCUUAUAGAUAGAACUAUUAAUGCUGCUAUUGUUCUUGCUGCCGGUACGUUUGCUCUUACCAAGUUGCUUACCAUUGAUCACAAUUAUUGGCAGGGAUGGACUAUUUAUGAGAUACUAAGAUAUGCACCUCAACACAACUGGAGUGCUUAUGAAGAAGCUUUGAAGACAAAUCCUGUUUUAGCAAAAAUGGUUAUUAGCGGAGUCGUCUAUUCUCUUGGGGAUUGGAUUGCGCAAUGCUUUGAAGGGAAACCUCUCUUCGAGUUCGAUCGUACCCGAAUGUUCAGAUCUGGCCUUGUUGGUUUUACUCUACAUGGUUCCCUGUCUCAUUACUAUUACCAGUUCUGUGAGGAGCUUUUUCCUUUCCAAGAUUGGUGGGUAGUUCCCGUGAAAGUAGCUUUCGACCAAACUGCAUGGGCUGCAGUUUGGAACAGCAUUUACUUUGUAGUUGUGGGAUUUUUGCGUCUUGAUUCUCCAAUCAGUAUUUAUAGCGAAUUGCAGGCAACAUUCUUGCCUAUGUUGACAGCUGGAUGGAAGCUUUGGCCGUUUGCUCAUCUUAUCACUUACGGUGUCAUUCCGGUAGAACAAAGGCUUCUUUGGGUGGACUGCGUAGAACUUAUUUGGGUCACGAUUCUCUCAACUUAUUCAAACGAAAAAUCGGAAGCAAGGAUCUCCGAGGCGGCACCAGCUGAAGCAAAUUUAAGUCCGAUACCCAUUGAUCCAUCUGAGGAGUAAAUGAUGAAGAUAAGCCAAGAAGGAUAAAAGAGGAGGAUAUCUGGGAUCGAUACAUGACAGUAGAAUUAACCCCACCAGCUUCGAUGAAACAAGGCUCGGCAGGCCAGUCAUGAGGAAAUAUCACAGAAAACGGGAAACUGUCCGCGUAUACGACGUAAUGCCAUCUUCUUCUGUUUGUAUGUAUGAAAAUUCAUGUACUUUUCGAGACAUUGUUAUCACUAACUGUGGAAAAUACCAUGGCAUAGUGCUGGAAAAUUUCUACAGAAUAUGGAAAAGUUUUCAUGUAUGUAAAAACCAUUUGUUCCAUUAUAGUUGUUUUUCCAUGGUUAAAAUCCAAACUUGUUUCCA